AUGCGGGCACUAGGUCGACUGCCUCGUCCGCCUCCGCCUCCGCCUACGCCUACGCCUACGCCCACUAUGCCUACUUUGCCUACCUUGCCUACCUUGCCUACUAUGCCUGCCAUGGCCGAUUUCGAGGCCGACCUGAACAACGCGCCCAUGCCGAGACGCAUCUGCGCGCACCGCCUGGACGAGCACAUGUCCGAUGUUGCCUCUCCUGCUGCCCUUUGUAACGCACCACGCGGCAUUGUGCGCAGCCAGCGGGCUACCUUCCGCCGACAGAAUGAGGCAGCGGCAGCGACUGCGUGUGCAGUGUGA